AUGGCAACUAUCUCAUCAUACUGUCGGAGACUUUCAACAACAUCUUAUUAUAUAUUUCCGGAUUCUACGACAGGAAGAAAACGGUUAAUAUGCGUCGUAUGUGGAUCCAUGGCACGUGGCUAUAAUUUUGGUGCAAUAACUUGUAUGAGCUGUAAAAUAUUUUUUCGUCGUAAUGCAUUCACGAGUUUGAACGAUUUAUAUUGUCGUGCGGGAGGCAGCUGUGAAAUAAAUCAGCAGACACGAAAAUGUUGUACAUAUUGCAGACUUCUUACUUGUUUUCGAGUUGGAAUGAAAAGAGAAUUGUUUCGUAUAAAAGAAAAUGAUAAUUUUCAAUGGUUCGAAGUUGAUAAACAACAACAACAUGGUGAAGAAUUAAGAUUAGAAUCUCAAUCAUAUGAAAAACCAUCAAAUAAUCAAUUCAUAGUACCAACAAAUUCUUCUACUAUACGAUCUCCGGAUCAUUUUCAAUCGCCUCAUUGUUUUCAAUUAUCACAAAAUGAUUGGUUAUUAUUAAAUAAAUUAUCAGUCGAUUUUGAUUCUCUUAACUAUCACAUUGCAGCACAAGCUAAUAAGCUUCAUCAACGAUUGUUAUCGAUCGGAAUUCAACCACUAAAAAUGCGAGCCAAAGCUUCAUAUAUUUAUGAUAUAACAAACACAUUAACUGACACGGGAUUAAAGUUUAUUGAAACUAUUCCGGAAUUUAUUUCAUUGCCUGAUUCAAAUAAACAAGCAUUACUCAUGCGUAAUGCACGAUCAUUUACGAUGUUCUAUACGCACUAUCAAAUGAAUCUUAAACCGAUGCAAACUAUUCUUGAAACACCUUAUUGGCAAGGAUCAGUGGAAUUUAUCCUUUCAUCUUCAACGAUAUAUUUACAUCAACAAGUAAAAUAUCAAAUCGGACGUAUUUCAUUGGCCGAUCCAUAUUUAAUAAAGCUUAUUCUUGUUAUACUUGCUUUCUUAGCACACAACAUCGACUACAAUGAUAUAGCAAUUAGUCAACAGUUAGAUGAAUACUAUCACUCGCAGAUACUUCAUAGAAAGCAAAAUAUCUAUGUUGAACUUAUGUGGAAAUCUAUGAUACAUCGAUUUGGUGAAGUUCAUACUAUUCUUCAUUUUAAUACUAUAAUUCAAACAAUACUUCAAUCAGAGAAGCUUGUUUUCACCUUCGAUAAUAGUACGAUACCAUUUGAACAUAAAUUCUAUGAAAAUGUUGUAAAAUCAAUCAGUAAAAUUCUUGAAUUUAAAAAAUAA